AUGCCACGGUCGCCGACAACCACAUCCUCCUCAAUCGAUGACGCAAAUCAUGCUCCGGACAAUCAAAACAACUCUACUUCCGCAUCCAGCACACGGUCGAUCAACAAACGCAGCUCACGCAUGAGAUUCUCCUUUCAAAAAGCGCCGAGCCGGACUCAGGGCGACGAAUCUUGGGAAAAUGCAGAUUCGCGGGGUGGGACAAAAUUUAAUCUAGUGGGGGAAUGGUUUCGGUCUUUCCGAUCCAAAAGAAAGGAAGAUAAGGUGGAUGGACAGGACGCUCAUGCUGGACCACGAAGCUCAUCGCCACCUCGUCUUCCUGAACUUGGUCUUGAUGGCGCAAGGCUUGAGUUUUUACCGGAGGAUACAGGUGAAUUUUCUACCCAACAGAGAUGA